UGAUAAACGUUGGACGGUUUGUUUUUAUUGAAAAAAAAUUUUUACGACAGUGAAGAAGAAGAAGAAGGCAACCACUUAAACGGACAAGGAAAAAAAAACACAUUUAAUAUUUGUGAUUGUGAAGACUAGGCCCAGAAAGCCCAGAAGAAGAAAAAACACACUCGGCUUUUUUCUUUCGACAUUUUCCUUCUGAUAUCGUGUGUAAUAAGAACCGAAAAUCCUCCACACAGAUUAAAUAACAAUUUUUUGUUCGGCUGGCAUUUGAUAUUGAAGUGUCUCUGGUAUGUGUGUUUAUCAAAAAUAUCUUGCAAACAACGAAUCACCACUUUGGCCCAUGGAUGGCCAUCGCAAAUUUGUUCUUUAUGAAUUUCGGCGUUAAGGUGUUUUUUUUCUUCUUCUUCUCUUGUUCUGUUGUUGUUAGUCGCUGUAAGUCGAUUUCCAAAAAGCGCUCAGUAUCGUGGUAGUGUGAAACAAAUUUGGUGUGUGUGUACGCUUUUUCUGUAUCGCGCGCGUGCCCAAUGCACGUGUAUGUGUGCCAGAGAGUGUAGAGAACUACCAGUUGUUGGCUCUAGUAAUUGAAAGCAUUCACGUAUCACUCACUCACUCACUCACUCUCUCUCUCGCUCAUACAUAUUGGUUUCAAGCUCUCCAAAGCUAUAUUGAAAUUAUUGUAUAUAGCACAACAAGUUUUUUUUUCUUCUACUCUAUGGACUCGGUGUUACGGUUGCUGCUUCUGCUGCUGCUGCUGCCUUUUCCACCGAGUCACACACACCGCAUUUACUUGAUCCGGUCCGUUCAUUCUCUCUGUUGUUGUAUUCAUAUUCAUUUCACCACUUUUGCUAUUUCGUACUGAUGAAUGAAUAUCGACUUGAUAAAAAGAAACAACAACAACAAACCAUACACACAACCGUGUUCGAUACGUGCGUGUUGUGUUCGCGGUAUGUGUGUUCGUGCUUUUUUCCUUCGCUUUUGUACCCUACAGAAAGUAAAAACAGCAAUAUCAUCAUUUCCGCGAUCACACACCCUCAGUGGCUCAGUGAGAGACGCGGUCUUUCUUUUUUUUUUUGUUCGCUUCUUUCGUGUGUAUCAUUUCAUUUCGUUUCGAACGUGCAAACAUUGUGUGUGUUUUUUUUUGUUUCGUUUCGUUUCGGAAUAUAUUUAUAUGAUCGAACAGUUGGUUUUUCGCGGUUCACGCGUCAUUUCAUUUUAUCUCACAUCAUAUAUUUUUCUCUUUGUUGCGCGCUGUGUGUUGUACGAGAGUACGCGCCCGCUCUUUCGCACAUCAAACAGGUCGCUGCCACUGCUGUGCCGCCGUGCACGGUGCGUGAAUUGACACAAACACACAUUUUCCGACUCAAUCGAAACCGAAAUAAACUCAGGCUCAAAAAUAUUAUCAAUUGGGCAAUUUAUGGCAAUAAAUCGAAAUUCGGUCGUGGGCAACUUUUAGUUGUGAUUAUGACAUACACACAGAGAUAAAAACCAAGAAGAACCCAGAAAAAUAGCGAAAAAGAGAGAAAAAUAGAGAAGAGCCCAGAAAAACUAGAGAAAUUUGAUGGUGAUGCUCGUACAAGUGAAACAGUGUUCGUUUAGUGGCAUUUUCACAGAUGAUCGAUUGAUUCGCGAUAAAAAAAAAUCAUUCAAAAAAAAAACUUCAAAGCAUAGCGAAGCCAAUCGACAAGUUCAAAAUCAAUGAAAAUCGGACGGGUGUUGGGAAAUACAACACAAUUUGACCGAAAAUGAUCGAAAGAAGCCGAACCAAAGAAAAAGAAUACUAGGCGAAAUUUUAAUAUUUCGAAAAUAUUAGAAAAAAGCGUAAAGAAACUGAGUAAAAUAUACAAAAAACUACGAAACAUUUGAAAAACCGCCACGAAACAUCUCUUCGUAAUAAUUACCGUGCAAUAGCCAGAAUCCAAGCGAAAAAUAUUGCGAAAAUCGUGAAACUGUGGAAAAUAUCGAAAAAUAUUGAACAAUCCCAAAAACAAAUUGCGCCAAGUACUAAAGAAAAAGUCGCGAUCGGUCGACAAAAGCAGAAAUCCAAAGAAAAAAAAACAUGUUGACCGAUCGAGAGACAAUCGAAAGCAGCACGCAAGUGGCUUAUGCAAACGUGCAAAAUAUACAGUGCAAUUUCAGUGGAACCAUGAAUUACAGAAUAUGCAUCGAAAUCGAUCGAUCGCUCGUAAUCGGAGGUGUAUUUUCGAUGUGCAAACAGUGAUAAAAUCGAACGUGUAGAUGAAAAAAAGAACACGAUCAAUGAAUUUACAAAUAUUUGAAACAUAAUUUCGAGAAAAAAAAAACAUUUUAACAAGAAAAAAAGUGAGAAAACAAAAUAGUGAAUCAAAAAUAAAGCGAUUUGAGAUAUAAAUCGAUCGUGCGUUCCAGCUGAUUUCGUUGAAAGUGUCCAGACACCAUCCACAUUCAAUCAACAUGGAUAAGCUUGUACGUGUCGGUUAUUAUGAGUUGGAAAAGACCAUUGGCAAAGGGAAUUUUGCCGUUGUUAAGCUCGCCUCCAACAUUGUCACCAAAUCAAAGGUGGCAAUCAAAAUUAUCGACAAAACCUGCUUAGACGAUGACAAUUUAGCGAAAACCUAUCGUGAAAUAUCAAUCUUAAAAUUGCUGCGACAUCCGCACAUAACUCGGCUGUACGAAGUGAUGGAAUCAAAGAAUAUGAUUUAUUUAGUAACGGAAUAUGCGCCGCGCGGUGAAAUUUUUGAUCAUCUGGUGGCCAAUGGACGGAUGAAAGAGGAGGAAGCGGCACGAGUAUUUGCUCAAACCGUAUCGGCUGUGGAAUACUGUCAUAGAAAGGGUGUUGUACAUCGUGAUUUAAAGGCAGAAAACGUGUUAUUAGAUAACGAUAUGAAUAUUAAGUUGGCUGACUUCGGCUUUAGUAAUACAUUUGUACAAAAUACAUAUCUCAAAACAUGGUGCGGUUCACCGCCAUAUGCUGCCCCAGAGGUUUUCUUAGGCCUUGAAUAUGAUGGGCCGCGAGCCGACAUUUGGAGCUUAGGUGUAGUUUUAUAUGUCUUAGUUUGUGGUGCUUUGCCGUUUGAUGGUGCAACGCUGCAUGACCUACGGAAUAUGGUUGUGUCAGGGAAAUUUCGCAUUCCAUUUUUUAUGUCACAGGAUUGUGAGCACUUAAUCCGGCAUAUGCUGGUGGUGGAGCCGGAAAAGCGAUACACAUUGAAACAAAUAUCACAGCAUCGAUGGAUGCAGUGCCGAUCGCCAUCGAUCAAUGAGGAUGGCAGUAAUACAACGCCAACAACGACAACAGCCGGCGCCGGCAGCGAAAUUAUCACGGAACUACCAGCGAAAAAUUUAGAUUCCAUUGUAGUCAAUCAUAUGUUACAAUUGCCAAAUUUAACAUUCGAUGAAAUUGCCGAGUCGGUGCAUCAAAAUACAUUCAAUCAUAUUUAUGCUAUUUACAAUCUGCUAGUGGAUAAAUUGCAAGCGAAACGCAACGAACAGCAACGUUUGCAACAUCAUGCCAGUUUAGGAUAUACAAAAUCGCGAAAAGCAAGUAUUACGACGGGAGUGGUGGAACGAACGGAAGCGUUGAAAAAUGAAGCGCUUGAUCGUUUGAGUCCGUUGAGUAAUUCGGCCAAUACGUUUGUCACAUUCCCCGGAAUCAGUGAUUCGAAUCAUGAGCUCGAGAAAUUCGUUGACAUGGACAUUGAUACGCAACAUCAAGUGGUGACACCGGAAUUCAAUUCAACGGGCGGCAUGACGUAUUCACAUUUAGGAACAAAUAUGACAUCGGGUAGUACACGACGGCAUACCGUUGGCCCGGGUGAUGUUGAACACGAACAAGCACUCGCCAAUCCUGCUGCCGUUCCAAUCAACUUUAAAUUUGGCACUGAUAACGCGCCACGGCUGCCCGUCAAUUUGCCAAUGAUGCAAAAUCAACCGUUGCACAAUUUUACGAUCAAAAAUCAACACCUGCUCAAAUUGCCCACUGUCAUGGAAGCGAGUUCGUUUGGUCGUCGAGCUUCGGAUGGUGGUGCAAAUUUACAGAUUUACUACACAACAUCGGCGAGCAGUGGACAAUCGGUGGAGCCAAUCUAUGCCAAUCCAGCCAAUGUAAAGGAUCUUCGAAUCGGUGUCGACUCAAUGCAACAGCAACACAAUGACAACAUGACUGUCACGGUCGAAGGAAACGACGAACCAAAUGACGAAAUUCAAAGAUACAUGCACGGUCGUAUGUGCUCGAAAACGGAAGAGAAUGGUGCAGUGGAUUCGUUAGAAAUGCCAGUGCCAACAACAUCUGGAGGACGAACAAGACGAACGGGUCUGUUGACUGUCAUGGAAAGACCUCCAGUCAUAAGUGAUGAGCUGAUUCGCGAAGUUGAAACUCGUAUGAAUCGUAAUUAUUUGCCACCCUCACUAAAAUUGCAUUGUUCGAAUAAUGCUGGCCAGCACAGUCCACCCACGGUGGGUCAAUGCUCCCCGGCAACAAACACUUCGGCUAUGCUAACCGCCCGAAGAACAUUUGGUUCACGCGCAUGUAAAUUGCCGACCGUUCAAGAAGUUGGUCGAUACAGUCCCGUUCGACGAGCAUCAGAAGGAUCAAAGUAUCAGCCAUUGAUCCAUGGCCCAUUGCAAGAAUGCCAGCAGCUAAUUCAACAGCAAAAGAGUAUGGCACAUCGUAAUUUGUCAUCGACACAAAGUCCGCCACUUUUGGAUAACUCUUCCAGUUUACCAGCAUCUCCUGUUCACGUUAGUCGAAAAAUUGACGAAAUCGAUAUACCGAAUGAGGCAAUGACAACGGUCUAUGCAACGCUCGAAAAAUUGGUGGCCGAAAGUCAAAUCACGAUGGAUUUGUUCAAUCGAAUUGUGUUCACCCGUAAAAUGCCCAUUGAAUUGGCUCAGUAUUUGGGUGUGGAUAUGCUGGCACAGCAACAAAUGCCAGCAAAUGCCUCAACCAUACCAGUUAGUUUUAAUCGUGGAUUUUUUGUAGGUUGCAGUAGUAGUGGCUUAAAUUCACCCAACUAUGGUGCCACAUCGCCCAAUCAUCAUGUUAGCGGCAAUUUAUCAACGUCACAGAAUUUUUCCACGUUUGACAAUACGAAUAGUGCUAGUCAGUCACCGAUUCAUCAUUACAAUUUAAGUGGUACAUCGUCACCGAAUUCAUAUUUAAAUGCGGCCACCGCAUCGCCAAUGCAUCAAAUUACAAAAGGUAUCAGUGGCCUGACGACGGGCGGUGGUUCAAUAACACGGGGUACAUCGCUUGCAUCGGAAACGGCAUCGAAUCAACCGUUGGAUUUAACCACGGAAAAUAAUAGUUCAUCGAAUGCGGCACCGUCAUCGAGUACGGUAAACACGGCCGUUGGAACGGGUUGGUAUGUUCCGGCGCAAUUUUACGAUUUGAAACCGUUGAAUCUAUCGCCGGCACAACCGUUACGCAUCGUGCCAACGCCGCCAGCCUCACCAAAUCUGUGCAUCAUUCAGGAGGAAAAUCCAAAUAUGUCUUACCAGAGCCAGCAGCCACCGGAAUCGGUGAUUGCACCGCAUUUCAUUCAAAUGUCAUCGCCCGGUGAUGAUUGUAUGAUGUUGCAUUCGCAUCCGCAAAUUUCGGUGACCGAUGUGCAAGGCAGUGAAGUGACGCUGAUCGCACAUUCCGAUCAAAGUCAUGACAGUGAAGAUUCACUGGAUGCGCAGAGUUCGAUGACGAUGCAGGGUCUGAUUAUAAGCGAACCGUCAAGUGAUAUGCCAUCGAUAACACGUGGAGUGGGUCGAAAAUCCAGCUUGGAAAUUGAACAUCGACAGGAAACGUAUGAACGACGUGGCAGUGAUAAGUCAUUGGGGUUUAGUGAUGAUAGCCUGAGCAACGAUUCGAAUAUUGUGUCACCCGGACACGAACAAUCGGUCGCUAGCUCUGGCUUUAAAAGUGGCGAUUCGGAAAUUACCGAAUCCAGAUUGUCACCCGAUUCUUUGUCGGCUGACAGCCGACGAAUGUCCGAAGAAUGCUAUGAACUACCAUUGCCGCAUGAGUGCUCGGAUCUGGAUUCGUCACGCAUCAUUGAAAUCGUUAAGCAAACCAUCGAUUUGAAAUUGCCGCCAAAAUGUUUCAUCGUUCACAAUGCCAUCCAAGAAGCGAACAAUUUUCCGGGCGGACCAACUGGCACCAUGACAUCAUCGGCCAAUGGCGGCGGCAGCAGCGCCAGCGAUGAUUGCGCCGAUAUGCCAUUUUCACUGGACAUUUCCAAUUUGGAUCGCGCCAAUUUGAGCCUCGAAUACUCGGGCGGCCUACAAAUCGAACUACAAGUUUUCGGUGGCAAGAGUAAAGACAAUUGCAACAAAGGCAUUAAAUUAAGACGAAUUUCAGGCGAUCAAUUUGAAUAUGGGAAAUUAUGUCAACAAUUAAUUAGUUCAUUGACUGUAUGACUCGAACAAAACCGAUAGGAGCAUAUUCACUCUCUCUCUACAUCGGAUCACUAAGAAGACAUAAGAUUGAGUCUUUUCGCUCUUUUUAGUUUCGUUGUGUGUGGUUUUUUUUGUUUUUGUUUUUUUUUUUAAUUUUUAACGAAAAUUUUCAACUUCUGCAUUUCGACAAUGCAAUCAAUUGAAUUUCUUACUUUUUUCAUUUUUUUUUUGUUUAGUAUCGACGAAUGUAAAAUAGAUUUAGAGAACGUCACGCAAUUUGAAAAUCUUCAUUUCUUCCUUUUUCUUUGUUGUUUUCGUCUGACCGACGCGUUUGGCCAACACACUAUUGAGAGGAAAACAAACAACGUUGGGAGUUGAACGCACAUCAUUCAGACACACCCACCAAAAGAAAUUUCUUCUUCCUUUGGGGAGAAUCCAUCGUGUUUGUUGUCAUUUGUCAAUCAAAAUUUGCAUGGCAAUAUUGAAAUUCGAAUGGGAUUCGAUGUGGAUCCAGAGAGAGUGAUAGCGAUAAAUAGAGACAAAGUUGUUGGCAAAGAAGCAAAAUUGCUGGAAUUGAGUGUUAAUUGAGAGUGUUAUUGGCCUAUGAUUUAUGCGCUACGGGUAAAUGUGUGAGUGCCAUCCUAAACUACUUCAAAAGACAUAUCAGCACACAUGUUCAAUGUGAGAGACGGAGCGACGGACCACCGCCGCGGUAGCGUGUGACCGUCGCCAAUCAAACCGAUUAUUCGCCGAAUCGAAAAUUAUCGACCGGCUCGAAGAGAAUCGACUAACCGGGAAGAAAUCAAACCGGGUCGGUUCAAAUCUGUUCGGUUUUUUUUACACUUCCCACGAGGUGUAGGAGAGAAUGUUCUUUUUUUUAUAUAGAUAAAUUAUUUGAAGAAUGAAACGUAACAAUUGCAGUUAAGAAGCGUUCAGCUUCAAAUUCGAAUGAUGGAAAAUGUCAAUUCAGAAUAAAUUUCUAGACGAAAAUAAAAAAAAAUAACGAAAACACAAAA